AUGAAUAACUAUUUCAUUAUUGAUACUGAGUAAUAAAAUCAAAACAGAAAGAGAACUAUAACUCGUGUAGCUCUCUUAGCUAUUGUUAUAGUUGGUAUGCUUGGAACAAUUGCUUUGUUUUCAUAAUCUGAAAAUUCUAAUAGCUUGGUAAUCAACAAUAUGGUCUAUCUUAGCGAAAAAUCUAAUGAACUUGUCAUCACAUCACAAAGAAACAUGACUGUCUGCACCAGUCAAAAGGCUGAACACUAACCAGUUAUUUAAGAAUAAUGCACUGUCUACUCAUCUACCUAAGAUAUAGUCGCAUACAAUAACGGUGAUAAUAAAAUUAUUGCUCAUAUUGUUUACAGAGACCUUUAAUCUCUCUCUUAGUUCAAUCCCCAAGGAAAUCUUAUACCCGAUGAAGACUCCUUUGCUGAAGUUUUCAAUAAUGAAAUUUCCCUCAUUUUCAAAGCCACUAUUUCUACUGAUGGUACUCUGUUGAAAUUGGAAUAACCUAAAGGAAACAAUGUCUCUCAAAUUGCUAUUCGUUUAACAGAGAGAUUGAUUGAAUAAUAUUUCCCUUAAUUAAACUCUACCCUUUACUUUGAAAACAGCUCUUCUUCUAAUAGUUUAUUACGUUCUAGCUAAGAAGAAUCCAUCCAAUAAAUUAUCGAAGACACAUAUCUUGGUUAAAUUAAUCCCUAAUACACUUUCAAUUCUUUACCUUAAGGAGAUAUCAUUUUAAGCAAAUCUUACAAUUCUGAAAGUUUCGUCAAUUUCGCUUACAACUUAGGAGGAAAAAUCCCUGAUAUUACAUUCGAAUCUAACUUCCUCGUUCGUGAUGGUAAGGUUGAAUAAAACACUGAAGUUAUGGUUUUUAACAUUACUCAUUCUCAUGAUGAAUUUUUACUUUCAGCUGAUAACUCCAUCCCAAUUAAUAACUCUACAGAAUACGAAGAGCUUAUUGGUCAAGCUUUCACAAGAAUUGAAUCAAACUUCUAAUUAAUCAGCACUGGAUAUAACCAAACCUUGAUAGAAGAAAUUAAGAAUUAUGACAACAGCGACUCUUUCGAAUUAGUAAAUCUUGAAGAAACUGGUGGUAAAUUAAAGAUAAUCAAAAAUAAGAAUAACCAAGGCGAAAACAAUUAAUUACUCGGUGAAGGUACUGAAGUUCCUUUGAUUGACAAAAAGUUUGAUGUUUUCCGUAAAUAAAUUGUUGGUAAUACCCUUGGUUUAACAAUUGAAUAUUUGAAUUACGAAAACUACUCUUUAAUUCAAUCAGCUAUCUACCUAAACGGUUAAAAGGUCUUCAACGUUUAUGGCAAGCGUGUUGAUCAUCCUUGGUAUGCUUGCGAAGCCAAGAACUCUAGCGAUAAGGGUACUUUAAAAAAGACUGUUUUCUAGGUUGUCUAUCCUUUGUUAGGUGGUGUAUUAAAUAUUCCAAUCACCGCUAGUAUUGAACUUUAUUAUGGCUGGUCUUUUGAUACUUCUAAGGAUGAGUAAGGUCUCUGCACUCUUUAAUUCCAUCCUUUUGCUAAGCCUACUCUCGGAGUUGAAGGUUCUAUUUCAGUUUGGAAGGUAGCUGAAGGUGGUGUAUUUGCUAAAGGUUCUGUUGCUAAUGUUUAUUUAGACUUCUUGUUGCAAUUAGACAGAUCUAAUUUAUAAGCUUUAUUAAGUGUAGAUGCACAUCUCAUACCUUUUGAGUACAAAAUCGGUGCAUUCUAUUCUUACAUUAAGUGCAACAUUAAGAACAUUAAAGAAAAAAUUACCCAAUUUAAAUGGAAAGAAAUUUGCUGGAAAACUCCUAAAGAAGAAAUAUCUUUCCUUGAAGGAUCUUUGCUUUCUCCAUUAAAUUACAACUUAUACACUGAAACUUGCCCUCUAUUAAAGCCUUCCACUCUCUGA